AUCCGUUGGUGUACUAUCUCCUGAAACGUGAAACAUUGUCAGAACUUGCUGAUCAGGAUGUCAAAAGUGCUCAUUAUUUUUGCGAGUCUAAUUUACCUAAAUUACGCUUGUUUAAUUACAAAUUGUCCACGUGGUGGAAAAAGGGGUGAUAUUGCUUCUUCUUUGACAACUGCCAUACGAGAAUGUCCCUCGUGUGGUCCCAAUCAUCUGGGUCAAUGUUUCGGACCUCACAUCUGCUGCGGUCUUAAUAUUGGCUGCUUCAUAGGAACACCUGAAACAUACCGUUAAAAAGAAAGCCUAUAUACUAAGCCUUGUGUUGCUGGAUACGCAAUGUGUCGUGGAAAUACAGCGCGAUGCGCCGCAAAUAAUAUUUGCUGUUCGCAAGAUUUUUGCUAUAUGGAUACAUCGUGCAAAAUUUCUGAUGUUUCCAAUGAUCGUAAAAUUGAAACCGAUUUGAAUAUGAUAUUCCCAAGCAAUGAAGUCUGUAGUAAAAUACUUCAAUGAUGUAAAAUUUAAUAGUUUUUAAAAAUCUUUUAUCAUUGAGAAAAGAUUU